AGCUUAGUGUCUAUCCUGUCAUUCUUUUCUUUUCGUGCUCUCCUCAAACUGCUCUCAACCGCCAAUGAAACCUAUGCAAACGCGAGAUGCGUUAACGUAUACGAAACGACAAUAACAAAUACAGGGAUAAUCACCGAAUUUAGCCAAACUUUUUUACAUUUGCGUAAUUUAUGUCAAUAAUUCUUUUCGAUAGCCAAUUUUUUCGAAUGCGUCACGUUCACGCACGUCUAUGAUUUUAGCACACAUGCAAAAGAUCGCCGCUUUCUUUUCAAAUUUUAAAAAAUGAGUGAGCUCGUCAGGUAGUUGCGAUGAGUGUACGAUGGAGUUACAAUGCGUCGUUGUGUAUACAAUCAUUCACAUUCCCGAACCGAAGCCACCACCGGACGCCGGACCUGAACAGAACCCCGAUGGAUGUCUUUCGUGGAUCAAAUGCCAGAUUAAAAGAGCGGUAGCAGCAUAUCUACGCGCACUAAACCUAUCGCCAAAUAAUGCGGUCGUACACGGAAAUCUUGCAUGCGUUUACUACGAACAAGGCCUUAUCGAUUUGGCCAUCGAUACGUACAGACGCGCCAUUGAAUUGCAACCGAACUUCCCGGACGCCUAUUGUAAUCUGGCCAACGCGCUUAAAGAGAAAGGGCAGGUAGCGGAUGCCGAAGAGUGCUACAAUACCGCACUUCGACUAUGCCCAUCUCACGCAGAUUCCCUGAACAAUCUCGCUAAUAUUAAACGGGAACAGGGAUACAUAGAGGAGGCGACGCGUCUGUACUUGAAAGCGUUGGAGGUAUUUCCCGAGUUUGCGGCUGCGCACAGUAAUCUCGCGUCGGUACUGCAACAGCAAGGGAAGCUCAAUGAGGCCCUUAUGCACUACAAGGAAGCAAUUCGCAUCCAGCCAACCUUCGCCGAUGCCUACUCCAACAUGGGCAACACCUUAAAAGAAAUGCAAGAUGUAGCGGGCGCCCUUCAGUGCUAUACUCGCGCCAUACAAAUUAAUCCCGCUUUUGCCGACGCCCACAGUAAUUUAGCUAGCAUUCACAAGGAUUCCGGAAAUAUUCCCGAGGCCAUUCAGUCAUAUCGCACGGCUUUAAAAUUGAAACCCGACUUCCCAGAUGCCUACUGCAACCUAGCUCAUUGUCUACAAAUUGUAUGCGAUUGGACCGACUACGAAUCCCGCAUGAAAAAGUUAGUGAACAUAGUUGCGGAUCAACUGGAAAAGAAUCGACUACCAUCUGUACAUCCACACCACUCCAUGCUAUAUCCACUAUCGCACGAGUUUCGCAAGGCCAUAGCGGCGCGUCACGCCAAUCUGUGCUUGGAAAAAAUUCACGUGCUUCACAAACACCCGUACAAGUUUGCCAUGGACCUAAAGGGACGUUUAAAAGUUGGCUACGUUAGCAGCGACUUCGGCAAUCACCCCACCUCACAUUUAAUGCAAUCGGUACCCGGCUUACACGAGCGCGGAAACGUGGAAAUUUUCUGCUACGCCCUCAGUCCAGAUGAUGGUACCACCUUCCGUAGCAAAAUCGCGCGAGAGGCCGAACAUUUCAUUGACCUAUCUCAGAUCUCGUGCAACGGCAAAGCGGCCGAUCGCAUUUAUGCCGAUGGAAUCCACGUCUUAGUCAACAUGAACGGCUACACCAAAGGCGCCCGAAACGAAAUUUUCGCGUUGCGACCCGCCCCAAUCCAAGUAAUGUGGCUAGGCUAUCCCGGCACUAGCGGCGCAAGUUUUAUGGAUUACUUAAUCACGGACUGCGUCACCUCCCCGAUGGAACUUCAAAGUCAGUACAGCGAAAAGUUGGCUUACAUGCCUCACACCUACUUUGUAGGUGACCACAGGCAAAUGUUCCCCCAUCUGAAAGAACGCUUAAUUGUGAGCGAUCGCAACAGCUCCAUCGCUAAUUUACCCGACAACGUAGCCGUAAUCAACGCGACCGAUUUAUCUCCAUUGGUCGAAAACACAGAAGUCAAAGAAAUCAAAGAAGUGGUACAGACUACGAAACCCGUCGAAAUCAGUCUCAAAGUCGCCGAACUUCCGACCACAACUCCCAUCGAAACGAUGAUCGCUUCCGGUCAAGUUCAAACCUCCCUCAACGGCGUGGUUGUUCAAAACGGACUCGCCACCACCCAAACUAACAACAAAGCGGCGACAGGCGAAGAAGUUCCUCAAACCAUUGUCAUCACUACGCGCCAACAGUACGGCUUGCCCGAAGACGCAAUUGUAUACUGUAAUUUCAACCAGCUGUACAAAAUUGAUCCGAUUACGCUUCACAUGUGGGUGAACAUUCUCAAAAGUGUACCAAACGCGGUUAUUUGGUUGCUUCGAUUUCCCGCAGUGGGCGAACCCAACUUACAGUCGGCAGUUCAACAGCUGGGAUUGUCCCCCGGAAAGAUCAUCUUCAGUAACGUCGCCGCCAAAGAAGAGCACGUGCGAAGGGGACAAUUGGCCGAUGUUUGUCUAGAUACUCCACUUUGCAAUGGUCACACCACCAGUAUGGACGUUUUAUGGACGGGAACUCCAGUCGUCACGCUUCCUGGUGAAACACUCGCGUCAAGAGUGGCCGCGUCCCAGUUAACCGCGUUAGGGUGUCCCGACUUGAUCGCCAGGUCUCGACAGGAGUACCAGGAUAUCGCUAUUAAGCUAGGAACUGACCGCGAAUUUUUAAAGGCGACGAGACACAAAGUAUGGGCGGCGCGCACCACUUCGCCGCUCUUUGACUGCAGACAGUAUGCACAGGGUUUAGAAAUGCUGUACGCGCGCAUGUGGGAACGGCACGCGAUGGGAUUAAAGCCGGAUCACGUGACUGCGUUAGCCGAAAAGUAAAAAAUUUCAAAGUUGAAGGACAAAAUUCUAUUGAAUUUAGUGGUAGACUAGGCCAUUGCUAAUAUAUUUGAAGCUCGAACUGAUGUGUAGUUCACAUGUAUAUUAAUUUAAGUUGAUUUAAGAGAGUUUUGGUCUCAAUGUGAUGAUGACUACUAAAAUUUUAGGGUAAGUUAUUUAUAUAACCGAGACAAUUAAAUUUCUAAAUGUUGA